AAAUGGCUGGACGUCCUCGCAUAACCUCCCUACACAUAUCUUCUUCACCUGACCUCUCUUCCUUACCCUCCCUCAUAGCAGUCGGCUGCCGUGGUCCGGUGACCUCCCCACGAUGCCUCCCGGGAAGAGAUCCACACAGCCCUCACGGAAUUCCGAAGAAGACCCUCUUACUGAAUACGAGAAAAUGAGGGCUGUGAAUAUGAUGAAGAACAAUCAAUUGUUUCAACGGCUAGGCCUUGGACAAUUAAAAACAAUGAUCACCGCAACAACUACAAACAACAAUCAAGGCGGUCCUCAGGAAUCAGGUUCUUUAUAUGAUGGUGAGAACGUUGAGGAUUCUGGUGAAGAGGAUGUUGGCAUGGAAUUCCAAGCUCGUAAGGGUGUCCCUACCCACAUCUCCAAUGAUGGUGAACAUAUGUCAACAAAAGUAACAAGAGGAAAUAAAAGAAUUAUGGCACCUGUGCAGGAACGGCCAGUUAGAGUCACUAGACAAAGAGUUGCUGAAGUAAACCAAAUGUCUACCCAUAGCCUAAAUGUUUCUACACAACCCAGUUCAAGUGCCGCCACAAACCAUGAUUUGACCCACAACCUUAUUGUUCCUACACAUCCUAGUUCCAAUACUGCCACAAACCAUGAGCCCAUCCAAGACAUGGAUACUAUUGCACAACCUACUUUCCAGAUACAGGAGGGUGAUAACCACACUGGGAAUCAAGAAAUCAUACCAAGGAGAAAAAGUAUGGGCAGGCAACUUGAAUCGUUAAGCAGAGGACUGGGAAUCAAUAUUCCAAUCCAAAUCACUGAAGGGAACAAAAGGCCAGAGCCACCUAUUCAAGCUGCUAAGUUUGCAUCAGAGGGUGGAAUCACAUUGAGGCAGCACAUUCCAAUAUUUAACCAUUGGAAGGAAUACAAGAAGAGAGAGAAUGAACCUAUAAUAAGAAACUACAUUGGCAAAGUUACUGCUAAUUUCACGGUGGACAGUGAGAGCAAGACAGUGGAAGAUGCAUGUCUAGACAUGCUAAAGAGUGGACAACGCCAAAUGAGGUAUAGACUGAAACAGAAGUACUUCAAUGGGAUACCUGCUAAUCAAGUGAGGACUACAUCACCUAUUCCAAGCAUGUCUGACAACGACUGGAGAAAGUUGGUGGAGAAGUGGUCUACCCCAAAUCACAAGGAAAGUUGUGUGAAGAACAAACUUAAUCGUGAAAAAGUACAGUAUCAACAAUGCACAGGCUCUCAGUCCUACAUUGCAAAGGCUUUUAUAUUGAAGCAAGAAAAAUAUAAGGACGCGGAACCUAGUGCAAUAGAUCUUUUCAAGGAGAUGCAUUGUAGCAAAAAGAAAGGUUUUAGUGAAAAUGUUCAGAAAGCUAUUGUUGACAUGGAAGAAAUGGUAGCAGCACCAGUUCAGGAUGGACAACAACCAAAAUCUCCUACAGAAGUUGUUUCUAAUGUGCUACCAGGCUCCAGUGUGUUCCUACGCAAUGUUGGUCUUAAGUCUGCAUCCCAGAAAAGCUCCACAACGACUGUUUCUGCAAAGGUUCAACAACUUCAGGAUGAACUCGAGACCGAGAAGCAAGAAAAAGAUGGCCUUCGGGAAGAAGUGGAAACCUUGAAGGCUCAAGCACAAGCAUCUCAGGAGACUGUUGAUAGUAUGAAGAGGUCGAUGGAAGAAAUAACAACCUCCUUCGUCAACUAUUAAGCUUCAAUCGAGGCCAAGUGCCUCCAUCAUAAGUCUGGUUGACCACUAUAGGACAUGCAGCCUUAUGGCUGUUAUAGUGGCUAGUUAUAGUAGCUCUAGAUUUGAAGUUAUAAGAUCAUUUUUCAAUUCUGCUUAAUUUUUAAUACUUUGAGUUGAAGUUAUUGGAUUUGUUUUGGAUUUUAAGUUAAAGGAUUUGCAGAUAUAUGUUUUAAAGUUAUAUUAUUCUCUUCUAGAUGAAAUAUUUGUGUUGAACAAAUUCAUAUGAUAUUUUGGUUCUGAUGUGUAAUAUUC